GUACGCUGUAGUCUUAUGUCAGUUUUCUCAAUGAAAACAAUUCUUUUAUCAUUUUAAAAAAAAUUCAUUUAAAUGAUUGCAUAUUAAAAAUUUUAUAUUGAUUCAUUAUUUUUUUUUUGAUAAAUGUUUUGUUUAUUUUAUAUAAUGUUAAAUACUUGAAUGGAAUUAUGUAUUAUUUUUUAUACAUAAUUGCUUUGUAAAUAUAUUUGUUUUUUCAUAUAUAAAUGCGGUGAAGGAUUUUAUGUAACACUUUCAAUAUUAUUUACAAUUACAGUGAGUCAGUUUGUAUAUCAACUUCUAAGAAUAUUUUCAUAAAAAACUAAAUGGCUAUUUAAAUAAAUUUAUAAAUAUAUGAUAUUAAAAAUAAAAAGUGUCGCAUGAAGCUAGUGAAUUAAUCAUUAAUAUUAUUAUAUUAUCGAUUUUUUAAAAAAUGAUUAUCCAAAUGGAUCGUGGUAUUUAUCAUCAAAUAAUUAUCGGAAUUGUUUGUAAUUUAUUGAUAAUUGAUUGUGGAUUACAAGAAGGCUGGCCAACUCCAAAUUUGCCAAAAUUAUCAAACAAUGAAACAUCAAUAAAUUUAACAACAGAUGAUGAAUCAUUUGUGAUAAAUUUAUUUUACAUUGGUCUUGGAAUUGGUGGUCUUGCUCCAAUACUAAUGAUGGACACAAUUGGCAGAAAAUUAUCACUGUUAAUUGCUGGUAUACCAAAAAUAAUGAGCUGGAUAUUAAUUGGCAUUGCAACUAAUAAUUAUCAUAUAUACAUUGGACGUUUAUUAGCUGGUAUAAGUUGUGGUAUAUCAUAUUCAAUAUUACCAAUGUACAUUGGUGAAAUAAGCAUGGAAAAAACACGUGGUAAAUUGGGAACAUUAUUUGCUUUGUCAAUUAAUUUUGGUGUAUUGUUGAUGUUGACUAUUGGAUUAUUUAUCAGUCGUUUUACAAUGUCAAUGUUUGCACUUGUAACACCAUUGAUAUUUAUCAUGACAUUUAUUUGGCUACCAGAAAGUCCAGUUUUUUUAAUACGUAAAAAUUAUAAUGAUAAUGCAAUUAAAGCCGUUAAAUGGUCUUAUGGCAAAGAUAAUAUUGAUGAUGAAAUGGAUGAAAUUAAAAAAAUUGUUACAUGUGAAAAUGAAACAAUAAAUAAUGGUUUACUAUUGUCAUUUAAAAAUUCCAUUAAAACAAAUACAACAAAACGUUCAUUUUUUAUUAUGUUUAUUUUGUGUGGAUUGCUUGGUUUAACUGGUGGUGCAUCAAUAUUUUCAUAUCAAGUUAAAAUAUUUGAUAAAGCUGGUCUUGAUAUUGGCACAAAUUUUAGUAUAAUAUUAACUGGAUUAUCAAUUGUCAUUGGUGGUACUGCUUGUGUUACAAUUGUUAAAUAUGCUGGUAAACGUAAAAUAUUAUUAAUAGCAACACCAAUUGCUGGUUUAUCAAUGUUUUUGUUAUCAAUAUUUUUUACAUUAUUGGAAAAUAAUAUUAAUGUUUAUUGGUUUAAUUGGUUACCAACUUUUUGUAUUGUUAUAUUUGCAAUUAUUUAUGGCAUUGCAUUUAAUUCAGUACCUUAUGCUUAUCUUGGUGAAAUAUUUACAUUCGAAGUUAAAGUUAUUGCUGGUAUAUUUUCAUCAAUUUAUUAUUCAAUAUCAAAUGUUGCAACUGUUAAAAUGUUUCAGGUUCUUUCUGAUAACUAUGGAAUGUUUGUACCAUUUUGGAUAUUUACUAUAAAUAUAUUUGUCAUUUGGAUUUUAGUAUAUUUUUUCGUACCAGAAACAGAGGGAAAAAGUUUAUCAGAAAUUCAAAUUAUGUUGAAUAAUGAAACUUUGAAGAAGAAAAAGACAAAUGUUUAAUAAAAAAAAAAUUAAUUUAUGUGAUAAUUUUACUGACGGUUCAAUAUGUAGUUAAAUCUAAAAUUAGUGAAAUUACUGACAGAUAUUUUUUAAAUAUAUAAAUAAAUUUAAUUAUCGAUUAAUUUAAUUAUAAUUAAUUAAUUACAUAUAAUACAAAAACAUUUAUAUAAUGUAAAAACUAAAUAUUUUAAAAUAACCAUUUAAUUUAAUUGUUAUUUUUUUUUUGUUUAAAAAAUUAAAUAUAAUUUUUUAAGUAUAAAAUAAUAAAGCAAAGAGAAAGGGGUCAGAUAAAAUAUAGGUUGAUAAAAGUCAGGGUGGGUAGGCGUUGGUGGGUCGAUAACAAGGUGACUUUGUUGGCAUCUGCAGGGAAAAACCCUCGAGAAUUGCUGGACGCCUCCUACUCUGUCAUCCCACGACAUUUAUUUUUUAAUUUUUUUUUCUUUUUUUUUUUUACAGCUUUUUUUUUUAUAUAUAAAUUAAAUGUCUAUUAUGUGUACAACUAUCCUCCUAACAUACACUCAAG